AUGGCAGAGAUACACAGACCAUCCCUUGGUCAAGACGUUGCUAUCGGAACUCUAUACGACGCAAAGCGCGACCAAUUCCUUCCGUCCUCAGUUCUACCUCUCUCCAUACCUAAAGGUAUUGUCUCAAGGUCUCCGUGUCAGAUACAACAGCAGCAUGAGAUCACUUCGUCUGUGGGUGCGACCCAUAGGGACAGAUUUACUUUCAUGGGCAUCGACUCGAAUCUUGCUGCGAGUGUCGCUUGCGACUUGAUCGUUCCUCAAGGAUCUGGCAUCUUUUUAAAGGAUGACACCUCACAGAAUAAUAUCCUACACGGCAACGUUCGUCACGUGUACAACACCUCCAGGGAGUGCCUGAAUCUUAAGGAGCCAGAGGUACUAGACAUAAUUGCCCAGGGAUCCAUCCAGUCUGCGGAUCGCUACAGCACUUAUGUCGUUGUCGGGGUCAACUAUGGACUUCAAAGCAUUAUCACCAUGAAGUAUCUCAUCCCCGACCCUGAACACAGACCUAGUGUGGAGCCUGUCUUUUACCAGGAUGUGAGGACAGUACAUGACAUUGCCAUGUCUCUCCCUUCACUUGACUUCAGUGACAAUACAGUCAACAGACGCUUGGCGCUUGAGUACGAAUUCAAGCUCUAUACAGAUAUACAGAAAGAGUAUGGCAUUUACAUGCCAAGUCUGGCUCUACUAUGCACGUUUGUUCAAACUGGUCCACGACAGAUUCGUGCAGAUGACGGGCAAAAUGGAUACCCGAUCAUAUACACUCUACUUCCCUUGCAUGUGCUGAAUGCGAUCGCACUUGGAGCCCCUGAUAUUCCCAACUUCCUUCGACCCCAAAUCGUCGCUGCCGAUAUAGAGCCAGUUCUAAAUAUCUUUGACCGAUUCAAAGAAAACAAAGAACGGCUAGACGACUACAAGGUUUUCAUUCAAGCAAGAAAGCACUAUAUCCCAUUGGAACAUAUUGACGGUGUCAAUAAUGCGAUUCUGCGCAUUUCAGGAGUCGAAAACAACGUCAAAGUCGAAUUUAAAAGAAGGGUGCUCCAAGUCAGAAACGGGAUCAAAUAUGACAAUCAUUUCCACACAUUAUGCAGGACAGUCGAGACUGAACCACCCGAGAGGAUGUCCUUGCUCGUCGGACAGCAAAGUGACAAGAUCAAUUUCAUCACCCAGGCUGUGGAUCAUGGUGCUUCAUACAUCGGCUUCAACGGCCUGUCUCUCAGGAAUUUUACUUUACCCCACGAUAGUCCUACGCCGUAUACCUUUGAGUUCAACAAUGCUGUUAUCAUGGGUUCUAGUUCGUGGAUAGAUCAGCGCAAUGCAUUCAUGGAGUUUUUGUUAAAUCCCCAGAGACGAUGCCAGGUUUAUAUUAUCGACUGCGAUGCCCCGUCACAGCGAAAACACCUCGACUGCGCUCGAUUCAGUGAGAUGCAGAGGAACAACGUUGUGUCAGCGCAGCAUGAAGAGCAUAUUUACUCUUCAUCAGAGCCAGAUUCGGCCUCUGAGCCAGAACGACAAAAACAUUCUAGAAGAUGCAUCGCACGCUGCCCUCGAGAAGCUCUCGAUAAGUCUGCGACACAAGGGCUCGCAGACCUACGUCUAGUCAGGAUACCCUGUCCAGGAAAGAGUUGCGACUCGCAACGAGAUUGCAAGUGGACAUGUACCGAGUGCGAUGCUUUCAUUGAGUUUCGUUCAGGGGAUGACUAUAUAUACUGCGACUGUGGGCGAGCUCUCUGUCACACUUGGCGGUUCAAGUGUGACAGGGAGAGUCAUGGGCGUGACUUUGACCGACCCUCUUCAAAGGACCUGGAUAAGUGCCUGAAACGAUCACCUCGACCUCUAUAUCGUAACAUUCUGGUCCUGGGAGAAACCGGCGUUGGAAAGUCGACAUUUAUUAAUGCGUUUUACAACUUUCUCAAAUUCCACAGCUUCAGCGAGGCAAAGACACACUCCAAAAGGAAGCUCGAGUACGUGAUUCCCUGCCAAUUCUCAGUCACGAUACCGAGUCGCUCUGGCUCAUUGGACUAUGAAACUCAAGUCAUCCGUGUAGGCUCACGAGAUGAUGAGCUAGAUGGUACUGGCGGCGAUUCUGCGACACAAAAAACCUCAGUCUAUACUAUGAAGUACAGAAACACUACAUAUCGUCUUUUUGACACUCCUGGUAUCGGCGAUACACGAGGUCCUGAGCAGGACAAGGAGAACUUGAGGGGAAUUAUGGACAGGCUACGCGACUAUGAGGAGCUUCACGGCGUGUUGAUACUACUCAAAACCAACGAAACUUGUAUGACGGCGACAUUUCAAUUCUGCUUUGAAGAGCUCUUGUCGAAUAUACAACGCGAUGCAGUCCCCAAUAUUGCAUUUGGCUUUACUCACACCAUGGACUCUAACUAUCGUCCUGGCGACUGUUUUCCCAUCCUCAAACGCAAACUGCAAGAUCAUACCAAUGUCGAUUUUGUCUUGGAUCGCCAAACAGCAUACUCAUUCGAUGCAGAGAGUUUUCAUUAUCUGGCAGCCUUGUACCGAGAAAUCGAGGGGGAUGAUGAGAGAAAGUGCCGCCAGAGCUGGGACAAAUCCAGAGCCGAGGCGUUGAGGUUUCUCGAACAUGUUGAUAGGCUCAAACCGCAUGAUGUCGGACAGACACUCAGCAUGGACGGUGUACAUCGAGCGGUAGAACAACUGAUGAUUCCCAUGGUCCAAGUAGCGCAAGCGAUAAAAGACAACAUUGAACUCCUCGACAGGGAUAUAAAGGAGCUUCAGGACACGAAACUAACUGGUGAUAAGCUGAAAAGGAAGCUGCAUCUACAAAGACUUGAGUUAAGAGCCGAGAAACUGGAGAAGCCACGCACGGUUUGCAAGAACAGUGACUGUUGCGAUUUAAAGACAAAUCCGAACGGUGAGGUAGUCAUAGACUACAGAUCAGUCUGCCAUCAAGACUGCAAGCUUCCAAACGUCACUGAAAAUGCCCCUGGUGAUCCAGGCCUUGUGGACUGUCGGGCUUUCAAGGAAUACAAGACGAUAUGCAGCAAAGAGGGAUGCGGUCACCAUUGGCAGGAGCACGUACAUAUCCUCUAUGAACUAAAGGAACACAAGGUUCAAGUCAAAGACACCGAUGUUGAACGUCGUCUAAAGGCCAAUACAAAUGACAUAGAGGUUCGUCAACAAGGCAUACUCAAAAUCACAGACCUUCAAAAGGAAUACGAAAAAGAGCGUGAUCAAUUACGAACAGCAAUGGUGCGAUUCGUGGCGUAUCUCAAGAAACAUGCCAUCACUGCCGUCAACGACAGGACUCGGAAUUACUACAUGGAACUCAUAAAGAACGAACAAAACAAGAUCCAACGCGCAAGAGACAGAAAGAUGAACGUUGAUGUAAACGUCAAGAAGCUGGAAUGUCUCAAGCAAGAUCUAGAAGCACAUCAAGAACUCACCGAGACGAUCAAACAGAACAUGCGAGCUCCUCGCGAUUCAUCGGAUAAGCUUUUAACCAAUGAGGGUGUGAGGAGGCUGAUUCAGGAGUUGUAUGAUCUACCGCAUUUUGGAAAGGAUUUGAAGAAGAUGAAGCUUGACAUUGUGUCUUCUCAUGAGACGACGGAUUAUCGCGAGCGAUCGCAUCGUCAGGAGAGGUCUCGUGGGAGGAGGGAUGUUGGAUCGGGUCAAGAUGCGAAUGGCAGGGAUAGACCAGGGCCAUCAAAUAGGCGCGAAAGAGAAUCUAGUGUUAGGAGGGAAUCGACUCGUGAGGAUAAGUCUUGGUUGUCAUUUUGGCGCACGCGAAAAGACCAGUUGGAGGGACAGAAAUGA